GUAUAAGUACGAUGGAAAGUAGUUGCAUCAGUAUCGUAGCCUAGUUCAGGUUUCAGCGGUUGUGUUGACUAACAUUUUAAUCAUGAAGAGCAUUCUCUUAAUCCUGGUGUUGGCAGUACUGUCUCUAAGCAAUGAUGCUGCUCUGGUCCAGCAAAGGGCUGCAAGGUACAACCUCGUCCUCGGAUCAGCCAGUGCAGGAGACAGAUUGCUGUACAGGAACUACUACUCCAAAGGAGCAAUCCCAAAUGCAGUCCAGACCCAAGACAUUACCUACAGAGGCAACGUGACUACUCGCAUCUCAGCCAUCAGGGCCUUGGAGGUCGGCUACACUCAGUACGCCAACGCAUACCUGGUCUCCGGUGGCAUCGGCUGGAACAACGCCACCAUCAGACUGCAGUCAGCUCGAGGGUACGGCUAUUACUACCAGGUCGAAUUUUAUGGCCGUUGAAAAGACUUAUAAUCUCACUAGACGAGCAUUUUGAGAUGCAAAGCUGAUAUUAGUUUUAAGUUUGUAAUUUGUUCUGUAAAUAAAUGUUUUGUUUUAUA